AUGGCGAUGGAAGUGGAAGCUGACAGCGGCAGAGGUAUAUCAAGGAGCGCUCAUGAGAAAUGCCCGCGGGCGGUGGAGCGCAACGGCUAUGUGAAAACAUGUGUCACCCCUCUGUAUCAGGACGCGGGCUGCCAGUCGUGGCUGAGACUCGCAGAAAUAUGGAGUUCCCGGAGACUGUCGUCGGCGGUGUGUGUGGGCUCUGUCUCGGUUAUUCUUGCUUUGCUGGUCAGAUUGGUUGACUGGGACGUGGAGCAGCAGAGUUGCCGCAGUAACAGCGAGAAUAACGGCGAGUCUGGUUCUCUAGUUCAUUUCGUGGCGAGCUGUGUGGUGGAACUGUUGUUGAACGUUUGGUACCUGGUGUCCCCCGUCUUCACUCUCGUAUGUGCCUUCUUUUGGGUUGGCUUGUACCUGAUCCGCUGCGGGGUGCUGAUCCGGACCGCCGUGUUUCUGUUGGCAGUGUGUCACUUGGGCGAAGCCGCGGCGCAGUCUCUCCUGGACGGUGCGGAGGACCAGUUGCUCUCGUUCACCGCCACCGUUGUGGUUCUAUCCUGUCUAGCCGGCGGGGCGCUGAUGGUGGUCAGACUCGGACAGGGUGUUUCCGUCAUCGUCUUCAUCAGCAUCAUCAGGACUGUGUCUCUCAUCUCCCUCAACAAGGUCCGGGCCAGCUGGAGACCCUACCUGGCGUACCUGGUAGGAGUGCUGGGGGUCCUGCUAGCGAGGUAUGCUGACCGGCUCCUGACGGGCUCAGGGCCACUCGGGGCGGAUUGUAGCUACGUGACAGCGGGGAAGGAAGAUAAUAUAAUUCCGGUGUUUAAAAGGCGACGGAGGUCCAGUUCGGUGGUCUCUUCAGACAUGGCGCACAGUCACAGCAACAGCAAGUCCCACCGGAGGACCUCGCUCCCAUGCAUUCCACGAGAACAGGUAAAAGCAUAGCUAUAAUUUAAAUGUUUGGCUUUUUUUGUUUUUGUAUUUUUCUUUCGUUUGGGUUAGGUAAAGGGAAUGGCAAAAAAAUGUGCCCACAAUUUACGCAUUGUGCCCUAAUGUAUUAUUAUUAUGAUUAUGAUUAUGGUUAUUAUUAUUGUUAUUAUUAUUACGCCUAUUAUUAUAACAUUAGACUGGCCCUUCGAAUUACUUUGCUGGAUGCCUCAAAGCUCAGCUUCUUCUCUAACGCAUAUUCCUAGAGGCUACUCUGAAUAUAGAACACGUGUGUUUACUUGUGCUGAUUCUAUCAUUAGCACUUUAUCUACACUAUUCAAUGGAAAUACUCUCUGCAUGCACAUUCCAACCCUGGCUGCCUUUUCUCUUUCUAUUUUAAAGUAGGCCACUGUUCAAAUGGCAAGUAUGUGUUUGUGCUUUUGAAAAACAACUGUAUGCCAUGGUCCAGUGGUCAGUAUAGUGUAUAUACUGUGUGUCCAGUCCAUCCAUCUAGUGAAGGAUUGCUUUGUCCUUCAGGUAGUACGUCAUGCCAGGGUGGGUCACCUGAGACAGAGUCAGGGCUGA